AACGUAUGAUUAUUCAACCGAAGUACUUGAAACUCCGAUGAUUCUUGAUCGUUCUGCAAGACAAAGAAUCAUGCGGUCUCUGAGCUCAUCGCUUGCCAUCUUGGGGCUGACCGUUUUGGCCCAAUUGACAUUCGAGGUCUCCGCUGCGGAUACAAUUUCUUACAUAGGUGCCGUCGCCGAAUAUUAUCCGGUAACAAAUGGAACGAACGGAACAACGAUCGCAACAGCCAAUGCCAACAACUACGUGACCAUUAUCAAAACCGCCUGGGGUUACAACACAGACAUCCUUGUGUUCCCGGAGGACUCAUUGACGACUGGAAUGAAUUAUUCCAAUACGAAUAGAACUCUGUAUCCUUCAUUCAGUUCCAUCGUACCGGAUGCCGGACUGGAUAUUCCCUGCGAUAAUGCUUCGACGGUCGUAAUAGAGGCACUGAAGUUGAUAUCGUGCGCUGCGAAGCAGUACUCGAUUUACGUAGUCGUAAACGUUAUCGAGAAGGAGAACUGCACCAGCACAGGAACAACGUCUCGCCCUUGUCCCAGCGACGGUUACUUCUUCUACAACACAAACGUGGUGUUCAACCGAACCGGAGGCAUUGUCUCGAGGUACAGGAAAUUCAACCUGUUCGCCGAACCUGGCAUAAACGUAACGUCGACCGCAGAAAACGUGACCUUCACCACUGACUUCAACGUCACCUUCGGAUUGAUAAUAUGCAACGACAUCCUCUACAAGACCCCGGCUCUAUCGCUCGUCAACGACUAUAACGUGACCGACAUUAUUUUCCCCGUACGAUGGUUCUCCGAAUUACCUUAUUUGACUUCGGUUCAGAUCCAGUCAGCUUGGUCCUACGCCAACAACGUGAACCUCCUGGCAUCUGGCUACAACAAUCCAGCAACUAGCAACGGUGGCAGUGGAAUUUACGCUGGAAACAACGGAAAAGUGAUCACCCUUCUGUCGGAGGGCACAAAGAACGCUCUUUUAGUGGCAAGGGUACCAAAGGUGAUCGAUGGGGCUCGAAGCAACGUCACCUCCACGUCUUAUCCGCUGACCUACGAGUUCAGUAGUACGGAAAUUACGACUCUGGCGAACAUCACGACGGUUUCCCAGAACGCGUUUUACCAGGACACCUUGGCGCCUUACACAACGAGCCUUUUGCCGCUGACCAACGGAACGACGGCCAUUUGGCUCGAACUCUGCGACCGACAGCUUUGCUGUUCCUUCUAUGUGAACAGAACUUUCAGUGCAGGUAGUGUCAAUUCAAGCGUCAAUUAUUACAGGCAUAGAAUCGCCGUUUUCAACGGAGUUCGAUCCUUCGCUGGUACCACUACCGCCGGAAUACAGACCUGCAGUGUCAUCGCUUGCACUAACGACACCCUAGCCAGCUGUGGGCUGAGGUUCAACACGACGGAAACCGUCGUGCAGCCAACUGUCUUCAACAAUGUAUUUGUGUCCGGAAACUUUUCCAAAAACUCGACGACCAUGCAGAUGCCCAACUCGUUGACCACGGAUAUUCUUCCUUUAAAUCCCAGUGACUUCACGUAUACUAAAGUCGAUAUUUCAGGCUCUUCUUUAACCAAUAUCACCUACAAUCUAACGACGCAGUCAAACAACUUGUACACUUUUGCUAUUUAUGGUAGAAACUUCUCUGCUGAUGGGACGGCUGUUAGUUCUGUCAGCGUUGCUUCGUCUACGGUCCAACUUUUACGGUUCUCUUUCACGGCGACCGUAUUUUUGGCAGUAAUUGUAACUUUAUUCGUUAGGAGCUGUUCGUAAACUAAGUAGCUGUAAUUUGGAUACUUUUGUCUGCGGUUGGUAUGCGACUACAUACCUAUAGCUGCAUGGAUCGGUGCUUGGUAAAACCAAAAAUGCUCAUUUCUCGUUAAAGCAAUUAAUUGAAAUGUACAACAUAACGUGGCGGGGGAAGAUUCAGAGAAUUAUCAAGGAUAUUUAUAAUGUAUUCUGAGAUUCGAUUACUUAUAGCUGUCAAUUUUUAAAACAAAUAUUCACUCGAACAGCUUACUACAGUUUAGUUUGCGGACACUUACAAAUAUAGUUACUUGUAGAAGACCAUGCCAGUAUUUUAGUCGUCAGUAUGUAGGUCAUAUCGUUCGUAGUAUUAUAAGCGAGUAAAAAACGAAUCCCAAUCAUAGUAGGUAAUAAAGAUAGUAACCAUUCAUUCGUAUUGUAAAGAUUAACAUAUUUUCAUAACAGCAGAAUACCUCUGAAAUUACUCUGCAUUCAUAUCUCACAUUAUCAGUGACAGACGUGUUGAAAAUCGUUAAUGUCAAGUAUGUAGGACCUUUAGAUGGGAAAACAUUUUGUAACACUUUUAUUUUAUAUGAUGCUAUUCACAUCAUUUAUCUAGUAUUUUUAAAGGUACGAUAAUAAUGGGUGAUGUCGAUGAGGUUUACAGUGAACGUUUGAAGGUAUAUAUAGCACAAAAUCACCAAGGUGGCGAAUUUCGACUUUGAAUUCGAUGAAUAUAGUUUUAAAAUCAUCUUCUUGAAGGUGGGAUCGAAUCAUUGCUAGAUACAUCUGUUAAAAAUAUUUAAGAGGAGCAUCCUUAGAAUUUUAAAUUACGUUAAUUAACAGCUUUAUGGAGAACAGGUUAGAAGAUAUCGUUAUUCCGGGAACGUUUUACAU